ACCCACGUCUUUCUCUCCCCGCACCAGCAGCACAGGCUCAUGUUAACGUUGGUAGAUGUGCCUCAACCGCGUAGAUAGGUUAUUAGCAAGUCCAGUGCAGUUCUCCGUACGAUUCACUUGAAUGGAAGGGCCCGCCAACAGGUCGUAGCCGUCACGAGAUUAGGUUGCUGGUGGCGAAGUCAUUUGCGAUCAUCUGGGGUGCUGGACUGGGUUCGGCGGCUGGCAGCUUCGCAUUCACCGACUCGCCAGAACUAUUAAGUUCCAUCCCGGCCGUCGGUUUGCAUUUACAUAGAACUUUCGUCCAUCGCAUGUUGACAUCUGAUAUCGCGGUGCAUCCUUGCCGUCUGUCCUGCUUCCGCGCACACGACAUCAGCUCAAGCAUAAGCAUCAGCACCAGCGUCAGCAUCUGCGUCAGCAUCAGUGCCAGCUCGGAAUUUCGAUCCCGUCAUUUCGCUCAACGAGACAACUAGUUACGCGCAGGAGUCUCCUGGCGCCUGGUUACUGUCUGGUUACCGCCUGGUUACCACCUGGUUACUGCACCAUCCAGCCUUGAGGCUUCCAUGGAUGACCGCAAGUCGAAAACCAAAGCCAGCAAGGCGGCGACGGCGGCGAAUGGCGGCGUCAGCGGGUCGGGAUUGGGGCUCGGGUCUACUGGAGAUGCCCCCUCCGAGAUGACUCGACGGGACGUGCUGGACAUAGUGCGGAAGCAUUCCGACGCCCUUCCGCGCCCAGGCGCAGCACAACCAGGCGCGGCCCCCUCCUCCGCGCAGCAGGGCGCGCAGGCAGGGCAGGGGGCGCAGGGGCAGGCGCAGAGCGGGGGGGGAGCGGAAGAGAACGGCCUGGAUACCGCGAGCGUGCUGAUGGACGGUCGAUAUUGGCAGCAGAUGCUGGAGCUGUAUUUCGUCAGAGAUGGGGCGCGGAGCCAGCCCGGGGGGAAGGGGGGGAAGGGGGGAAAGGCAGGGGGAGGGGAAGGGGGAAAUGGGGCGGGAGGAGGAGAGGGGGAGGGCAGCAAAGGGGAAGGGGAGAAUGAGAAGGAGGAGAAAGGGGAUGCUCUGUUUGAUGACAUGCUGUUCUUUGUCAGACAAGAGAAAUCCACCUUCGGUCAAAUCCUCAAUUUUAUUGGCUCCCUCAUGCAAGCGGACGGGCCUCAGAACGAGGAGGCGGAGAAGGCCAAGCCCUUCUUUGUGCGCCGCUGGGGGCCCGAUCUGGCGAGGGUGGUGGGGGAGAGCGCGGACGAGGUGGACUGGCGGCGCUCCUUCUACCUCAACCUCAUCUGCCACACUGAGUUCACUCUCACCGUCGCCAUCUGCAGUCGACAGGACCUGGAGGCGCAUCGCAGGUCAAGCAAGGCUCCUGUUCACCCCAUCUCCAAGGUGACGAAGAGGGUGUUUGCGUCCCCCAGCAAGGCGCGCAUCGACAUCGACACGUCAAAGGCGCAGGAGACGCUGCCCUCCUUCCCGGACAUAUGCUUUGCAGUCGACGACUACGACAAUACCUUUGAAGCAGUGGUGCUGGAGGACCCCGACCACUGCUUCUGCGUGAUGCUGAACGCGCACGGCGGGGCGGCGUUUCCCCCGGACGACGUGGUUGAGAAGGUGAACCCGGACGGGUCCCGGCGCGUGUUCAAGCGCGGCACCAGCAGCGAGGCCACGGCGCUGGGGGAGGCCACUGAUGGGCAGCCCAAGAUCACUCUCUUCUCUGGCUUUGUCAGCUACCCGCUCGUGCGCUCCGCCUUCCAAGGAGGCAGUACAGGGUUCAGCAUGUGGGGGCAGACGCAGCCGGCUAAGCCAGAGAAACUCGUGAUGAGGGGGCCGGGAGGCAGAGGGGAGGCGGAUGUGGCAGUGUCUCUCGUGCUGCCUGCACCCGAAGUGCACGCCGAGGAAGCAGAGAAGAAGCGGCGGCCCAGGGAGAGGAAGAAGAAGGACGGGGAGAACCGCCACCGGCCGUCCCUCUCCGAGCUCCAGGGCAAGCUCUGGACCGUGCAGUCGGAGCUCAUGGGGCUGGUAGAAGCGCAGCAGCAGCAGGAGGAGGUGGAGAAGGACAAGGGGAAGGGGAAGGGCAAGGAGGUAGCGGAGGAGGCGGAGGAGCGGAGGAGAAAGAAAGAGGAGAAUCAGCAGCGGUUGAGAGAGCUUCAGGUGGAGUUGAAAUCGGUUCAGGAGCAGCUGCAGAAGCUGGGAGGGGGCGAGGGCACUGGCAGCCCGAAGUACGGGGACAAGUCAUCAGGGGGCAGCGGUAGUGGCGGCGGGAGCAGGGGGGUGGUGGGAGCAGUGGUGGUGCAGGGGGUCGUAUCUCGGGGUUUUUCAAGAAGGUGGCCCAGACCCCUCCCCGUCGCACGAUGCUGCACGACGAUCUAGAGGACGCAGGUGGCUCCCCAGGGGGGGGAGCGCCAGGAGCAGGAGCAGCGGCUGGUACAGCUUUUGCUGGCACCGGCAGUGGUGGCAGCAGCAGCGGUGGUGGUGCUGGUAGGUCGUCUAGUGCUGGUGGUGGGACUUCGGGAGAGGGAGGGGCAGGAGCAGGAGGAGCAGGGAAGGGCAAGGCAGCAGCAGGGGGUCCGGUGGUGCAGCCACUGCGGUGCUGCCUCAUCUCCCUCACCCUGCCGUGGGACCUCCUGGCCUUUGACCUUCUCUUCAAGGAGAUGCCCAUCAAGAUCGACAUCGGUGGCCGUGUCUUCCCCCCCACCCGACCCAGACCCGUCCCUCAAGCUUAGCUCCACAUGCAACAGCGCCUCCUGCCCACCUCCUGCCCACCUCCUGCCCACCUCCUGCCCUCCCUCCCUCUCCCUCACCUCUCCCUCGCACGCACAUCACAUCACCAAGCAAUACCCCUCAACUCGACGGUUGGCACUCCCCAGGCUUCGUCCACCCUCCCUCUGUUCCUCCAUCACCCAGCCGUCCUGCACUCAGCCCUCCCAUGCAACGUGCAAUGUACAAUGUGCAAUGUGCAUUAUGCGUCGUGCGCACGGUUACCAAUUGCGGUGCAAUCAUUGCAUUGCAUUGCAUUGCCGGGCCCUCCACCCACCCACAAUGGUGUGUCUUAGAACCCAACCCAUCCCACCCAAGCCUGUUGCAUACACUGUGCAAUGUACUGUGAAGUGAAAUUCAAAGAGUUAAAUGCGCUAAAAUAGGGUGUGUUGGUAGUUAGUCACUACAAUAGGGUAAUUGCUUGCUGGUUACAUUUCAUCUAUUGGUACGCCCAUGAAGUAGUC